ACGAUAUCUUGGUGCAUGCAGCUAGAGAUCGCCAUAGACCCCAGGCGUCCUUUGGGAGAGCGAGCCACCCUCAUCAGUAACCCAGUGCCCCGGCAGCCUGUCAUCCUCGACUACAAUGUCCCAAUCCCCCGCUGUGCCCUGACUCCGCCCUGCGCCAACUCUGCCCAGAUGUUGGUCUGGCACCCUCGCCGUGGCAACCCUGUCUGCGUCAUCCCGCCCGUGUGGAAGAGCCAAAGUAGAAGUCCCAAGCGAGAGAGCAAGUUAUGA